UUUUCCCCCAGGACAUCGAGUUGGAUGCUGAACGGGCGGUUCGCGUUUGAUCUUCGAUGAUUAUUUCAUCUCGAGACUUCACGAUGUGAUUUCAGUGAAAAUAAGUCAAGUAUUAGUACUUAAUGUUCAUAAUGAUAUCAGCUAUAAGGUUCAACUACAGAUCAUCGUUCACCUCAUAAUGCUCUGAAAGAUCGAAGAAACCUUUCAAAGAUGAACUCGCACGACAUGAACUGCUCUAAACCUAUGGAAGCUGUGCAGCAUCCUCAUCCAGAACCAGGUAAACCGAACUACGUUCAUGUGGAUUUGGAAGCUCACAAAACAGUGAUGAAGAUCGGUACAGCGGUAUUCUACGCGAUAUCUUCGUUCUUCAUUACAGUAAUCAAUAAAUCCGUACUGACCAGCUACGGUUUUCCAUCUUUUCAAUUCUUAGCUUUCGGUCAAAUGGUUACCACAGUUGUGGUUCUUUUCGUUGCUAAGAAAGUCGGUUACAUUAAGUUCCCAAAUUUUCAUUUUAGAAUAUUCUACCAAUUAUUCCCGUUACCAUUUAUCUACGUCGGUAAUAUGACCUUCGGAUUGGGCAGCACGAAAGAACUCAGCUUACCUAUGUUCACCAUGUUGAGAAGAAUAUCCAUAUUCAUGACCAUGAUCGGCGAAUACUUCGUUCUGAAAGUAAAACCAUCGUCAUCGGUUCAAAUAUCCGUCGCUUUGAUGAUCCUCGGAGCAGGAGUAGCAGCUCUUAAAGACUUAGCGUUCACCUUACACGGUUACACUUACGUUUUAAUCAACAAUCUGUUUACCGCUAGUUCGAACAUCGUUACUAAACAGAAGCUAGAGUCUCGUUCAGAAAUGGGCAAAUACGGUAUAUUAUUUUAUUGCUCGAUUUUCAUGUUACCCGUUUGUUUCAUACUGCUGUGGCAGACCGGAGAUUUGGAGAAGAUAUCCAAUUAUCCGCACUGGUUGAGUUUCCCAUUUCUCGUACAGUUUUCACUGUCGUGUAUGAUGGGAUUUGUACUUUCGUACAGUGUCAUGUUAUGUACUCAGUUUAAUUCUGCUCUCACUACCACAAUUAUCGGAUGUUUGAAAAACAUACUCAUUACUUAUUUAGGCAUGUUUAUCGGCGGCGAUUACGUAUAUUCUUUCGAAAAUUUCGUCGGUAUAAAUAUCAGCGUUGCUGGAAGUAUUUUGUAUACUUGGGUUACCUUUAGGCCGAAAAAACCGCAUCCUGUGCUGGCUCCUUUGAAACAGGUUACCACUAAUAUAUGAAUUACUGUACAAAUGUAUCGAUAAUUACACUAGGCAACAAUUUUUGACUUUUUUCGUGUGUUCGGGUUGAAAAUGGGCUUAAUUGAUAGUUUAGACCCUAAAACAAAAAACAGAGUGGGAUUUUUCAAUUUGAAUUGUUUUUGUGGUCAGGAGAGAUGAUCAAAGUUUCAAAAAUGGCCGUUUUUGCCCUAUUUCACGAGUUUCUGGCGACACCAGUAUUGUUUUUCGAAAAAAAACAAGGUCAUAUUCGGAUUCUACGUACUUUUUUAAGUAAACAUCUUUACCAGAUUUUUGAUUUUCGAACAUUCAAGCGCAUACCGAAGAUUUUCGUUUAAAACACGAGAUUUGUACAGCACGAGAGCCUCUCCCGCGCGAACACGGUUCCGCGCCACGAUUACAUCGUGGAGUAACGCCAGCGUCGCGCGCUCCGAGUUUUAAAAUAUGUUACAAACAAAAAUCGUCCGUAUGCGCUUGAAACUUCGAAAAUCGAAAAUCCGGGAAAGAUGUUUACUUAAAAAAGUGCGUAGAAUCCGAAUAUGACCUUGGUUUUUUUCGAAAAACAAUACUGGUGUCGCCAGAAACUCGUGAAAUAGGGCAAAAACGGCCAUUUUUGAAACUUUGAUCAUCUCUCCUGACCACAAAAACAAUUCAAAUUGAAAAAUCCCACUCUGUUUUUUGUUUUAGGGUCUAAACUAUCGAUUAAGCCCAUUUUCAACCCGAACACAAGCAUGCCGUUGCCUAGUGUUAUUAUUCUUUUUAUAUUCGAGUGUAUGAAUGUCUAGUCAUUAGUAAUGUUCAAAGUGAUGCCAUAAUAUUCAUUUUUUAGAUUGUUCGAAUGACUAGAAUAUAUCGUAUAUUUUUAUCCUAUCUUAAAUUUUGUAGAUUUCAUCGUGUAAAUUUUGAUAGGUACUUAAUUUAUUAUUAGGUAAUUGAGACUGUAAAAAGUUGAUUUUUUUUAGCGAAUUAGUCAUUAUGGUACUUGUCAAAAAAAAUUGAUAUCAUGAUUGUAUACCUAUUGAAGUUGGAAAGAAAGAUUAUGACUAAUUGAUCAUUCAGUUGUGUUUAGUAUUGGGAGAGAAAAAUAUGCAGUAUUUAAUCUGAGCGUGUUAUAACGCAAGUAUUUUUAUUACUGCUUUGAUUUUUUAUGAGCGCUUGUAAAAGUGUUAAUUAACUUUGAUGGUUAAUCGUCGUUCAGGUUUUUUUUUCUAUUUGCUUUCUUGUGUACUUGGAAUUAUAAGAUAUUUAAAAUUUCUUGCGCAAUUUUUUUCUAUUUAUAAGUCUGUCGACAUUUUUUUUUUAAUUUCCUGUAAAAUGUCCAACCAAAGUUUUACCGCAUUUAUAUGAAAUUUUUACAUUUUGUAAUUUUUAUUCUAAGUAAAUAUUUUUUAUUGAAAUAAUUUUGAGAUUUUUAUGAAAUAAUGGACAUUUUGUUAGAAUAAAUUUAUUCAAACUAGCAA